UCCGGACGGCGGCAGCUUAAAUCCGGAGGCGAGACCGACCGUAGAGAAGUCCCUUCCUUAUUUCGGGCUGCCUCUUUACUGCCCUCUCUGAAAUCUGAAAGACGCCGCAAAUCGGAGGAGACUAAAACACAUGUUUUCAAGGCAGAGUAAAACAACGAGAUCUAAUUCAAUGGGAAUCGGGUUUUACCUAUUAAUGAAUGACAGGUGAACGUAUUUUUUUCUUGUUACGACAGUAUUUACCAGAACUAGUGGAAACGUCUAAGUAUAAGAGACAACGGAGUCACUUUGUUUUUUAUGAUGUCCGAUUUUUGUUACUUGUUGGUGUUUUCCACCUCCACUGGUUUACUUGCAUGAAGGUUAACUGUACACUCACUUAAGCAGUAUGGAUAUUUUCGUGUGAAGGACAGGUCUUUUUUAUGCACCCCUGGACGUGGGUAAUUUGGAUGUCCAAAAGCGUAGGACGGGCAUCUUCGCCGGAUACGAUGCUUUCUUACUUUCUAAAAGGAAUGAUGUGACCUUCCAAGUGUUUCCUUCUCCCUGCCACCGUCUGUCAUGUUUUAUACCGUCAGUAUUUUUUGCCUGCUUUUGUACGCUUUUGAAAGGAAGCACCUUGCAGCUUAGGAUACAGUACCUCGCUGCAUCAAUGAAUCAAGAUAAUAUAUGUAUUUUUUUAAUUCUCUGUUUUUCAGUCCUGUUUUAAGUAGGACAGUUUUUCUUUAGGGUAUUAUCAGCUGAAACGCAAGUAUGUCGGACGAUUUAUCACUCGCCCGGAUGCUUUAUAUUGGGAUGGAGGUAGCCAUCGCUGUGGCAUCGGUUAUAGGAAAUGUGAUGGUCGUCUGGGCAGUAAAAACGAACCGGUCACUGAGGGACACCACUUACUCCUUCAUCGUGUCUCUGGCAUUUGCCGACAUCGCAGUCGGGGCUCUUGUCAUCCCCCUGGCCAUCACCAUCAGUAUCGGACUACAGACACACUUCUACAGCUGCCUGCUUGUAGCUUGCAGCGUACUGGUCCUGACGCAAAGUUCAAUCCUGGCCCUCUUGGCCAUAGCGAUCGACCGCUACCUCCGCGUCAAAAUCCCAGUCAGCUACAAGCGGGUGGUGACACCACGGCGUGCAGGAUUUGCGGUGCUGCUCUGCUGGAUGGUGGCCUUCGUGGUGGGUCUCACACCCAUGCUGGGCUGGAACAAUCUCCAGAGACUGCAUAAAAACAUUUCGAUGACAUCCGACCUGAUCAUCACCUGCGAGUUUGAGACGGUCAUCAGCAUGGAGUACAUGGUCUACUUCAACUUCUUCGGCUGGGUGCUGCCGCCAUUACUUGUCAUGCUCCUCAUCUACGUGGAGGUCUUCUAUAUGAUACACAGGCAGCUCAGCAAGAAGGUCACCUCCGGCCACAGUGACCCCAGCAAGUACUACGGCAAAGAGCUGAAGCUAGCUAAGUCUCUGGCUCUAGUGCUCUUCCUCUUUGCGCUCAGUUGGCUGCCGCUUCACGUCCUGAAUUGCAUCACCCUCUUCUGCCCCAAGUGCCACAAGUCCAUUAUCCUCAUAUAUACUGCAAUCCUGCUCACCCAUGGCAACUCAGCCGUCAACCCUGUCAUCUACGCCUUCCGUAUCAAGAAGUUCAGAAUGGCCUUUUUCCGGAUCUGGGAACAGUAUGUCUACUGCAAAGCUGUACCGCCCCCGAACAGCUACCAGGACGACCGAGAGCAAAGUCACACGAAACGAUUCCAGAACAGUGACUUUUGAUCCUGUAUGGAACAUGGAAAAGGGAGGAAAACCCAAAAAAGGACUAGAGCUCGGGUUUGGACCUUGCUACCGAAUCAUGUAAUUCCGUACUUAGCCUCUGAUGAAUGGAAUAAGGGCUAUAAAUGUACACAUUUAAAUGUAGUAGUUUAAUCAGCUAGAGGUCAUCAUGGGUCAAACUGGAAUUUAACCUCGGUGAGAGGAAGCUAUGCUGCCCAGCUGAUGUCUGUGAAAUUUCAUGCCUUAAUAUGAAGCCAUGUGAAAUACUGCUAACUAAUACACAUUUGGUUCAUGAUCAUCAGCCAUUUAAGGUACAUCUGCAUCAAGGUGGCGAACAAUGACACUGCCUAACUGGAUGGAAAUAUUAUUCAGAGUGAACUCUCUGAUGAACUUUUUCACAGUGUUUUCAUAGUCGUUAUGGGAACAUAUUUGCCUUCAGUUGGUAUGAAAUGCAGUUAUGGGGAGUCUUUAUAUUCCGUCCCUUCUGAUAGUUGCUAUGUGUGCAUAUGACCAUUCAUUUCCAAUAGAACAUCAACCCAAAUAGUAUUAUAGCUGCUUUUAUUACAUUAUCACUUGGUCUUCUUAAUACAAUUGCAAGCAAUUGUUCGGCCAUAUCGCAGUGUAUCGUUAAUGGAUUUUUUUCAGAGUACAUAUAACAAAUAUGAAAUGUUAAAGGCUGGCUACGUCUCCUGAACCCCAAAACAUACUGUUUGAUAAAUGUUACAAUGCACAACAUCUAAUACUGUCUGUAAGAUAUCUAUGUCGAAUUUUUCCUUAAAGACGAACACGCCAUGGAUAUGUAAAUAUGUAGACUGUGACUUUGGAAACUAUCUGUUUAGUAAUGUGUCUUCUGAACAAAACAGGCCCUGGAAAUAAAGUGGUUUGUUGUCA